CUGGGCUCUCGAAGGGGAUCUUGGCUUGUCCAAAAGUUGAAAAUCUGGCUCUUGGCCAACUCAAUACCAAAGUUUCUAUUUCUAAUUCUGCGCCCUUUUGACAUGAUAAGCGGGUCAUGACAUGGUUGGCGGGACCGUUGACCUGUAACGUUGGCGAGAGAAGGCGAGCCGACGACGGAUAUUCUGUCUAGUUCCAUGAGUAAAACAGCUCAAGAGGGUCGGGUCAUGGGCUGAUAUUGCACUCAACACUAUCCCACAACAUCGCAACCGCAACACGUCCAGCUCCAGCCCCAGCCUCGAAUAUAUCCAUCAUGGCCGACCUUUCAACGACGCUCCCUCUGACGCGGGCCUCCGUCAUCGAGGCACACAAACUCGUCAAGCCACAUGUGCACCUCACGCCCGUCCUGACGAAUCGGACUUUGUCGGAGCUGGCAUCGACGCCCCGCGCGGCAGAGGAGCUGGCCGGCACACGGUGGGCUGGGCGGACGCCGGCCAGGCCUGUGCUGCGGCUGUGGUUCAAGUGCGAGAACAUGCAGCGCAUCGGCGCCUUCAAGGCGCGAGGUGCGUUUCACGCCGUCGAGAAGCUGAAGCGGGAGCCUGGGUGGUUGGAUGGUGGCGGCAAGGAGAAGGGCGUUGUGACGCAUAGUUCCGGGAACCAUGCUCAAGCCCUGGCUCUGGCAGCCCGCGAGAGCGGCAUCAAGGCGUACAUCGUCAUGCCCGACAUCUCCAUCCCGCAGAAGAUAGCCGCAACAAAGGGCUACGGCGCAAACGUCAUCCACAGCGGCAGCACCAGCGUCGAGCGCGAGGCCGUCGCCAACAAGGUCAUCGCCGAGACGGGCGCCCGCCUGGUCCCGCCCUACGACCACCCAGACAUCAUGCUCGGACAGGGCACCAUGGGUCUCGAGCUGCAGCAGCAGGUCGUCCAUCUCAUGACGGCGGCCGACGGCGAGCCCCGGUUCCGCGCCGCCGCCACGGGCAGAGACAACGCCGGGCCGGGCCGGCCGGGCAGCGCCAAGGCGGAGCCCGGGCUCGACGCCAUCAUGACGCCGUGCGGCGGCGGCGGCAUGCUCUCGGGCGUCGCGCUCAGCUGCGAGGGCACCGGCAUCCGCGUCUUCGGCGCCGAGCCGUCGUACCAGGGCGCCGACGACGGCAAGCGCGGCUACGAAGCCGGCGAGCGCGUGCCCGCGGUCAAGACGCUGACCAUUGCCGACGGGCUGCGCACCCCCGUGGGCGAGCACCCAUGGGGCGUCAUCUACGAGCGGCGGCUGGUGGCGGGCAUGUACAGCGUGACCGAGGACGAGAUCCGCGCCGCCAUGCGCCUCGUGUUGGAGCGCUUCAAGAUGGUUGUUGAACCUAGCGGUUGCGUGCCUUUGGCCGUGGCACUGUUUGACGAGGACUUCCGUAGCAUGGUGGAGCGGGAGGCCGGCGAGCAUGGCUGGGAUUUGGGUUUGGUGUUUAGCGGUGGUAAUGUGGGUGCUGAUGCUAUUGGAAAGUUAUUUGCAGCAUAGAGCAACAGUGAGAAGUCGUGGCUCUGACGUGGUUAUCAGAUGGAAAGGAGUAUAGACGAACU